UCAAAGCCCCAUCCAGCCUAGUCUUGAAUGCCUCCAGGGAAGGGGGCAUUCACAACCUCACUGGGCAACCUGUUCCAGUGUCUCACCACCCUUAUAACUGGCUUUCAUUUUUUUACUUCUCUCAAGGAUUUAAUAUUCUGUUAUAUGAUGCUGUGAUUUCUUCACCAUCUCCCUAAUACUGCAAACUUGAAUGGCUAUCAUCACAGUAUUAGUAAUAGGCAGGGCCAGCUUUGAGAGCAAUGACAAAAAUACACUGCCAAAUUACUCUACACCUUGGGGAUAUGCAGCACUUGCUUGUAAAGUUACCCCGGGAAACUGUUUUCUGCCAACUCUCUGCUUAGGUAGAGAAAGCGACGUCCAUGCUCUCAUUCACUUACUAGGUAUUCUUUGAAGAUUCUGCUUCAGCAGGAACCAACCCCGGCACAGACCAGCAGCAAAAUGUUGCUUUUUGAAUUACACUAUUGAUUUUCCAGUGCUCCAGAUUUUGCAUUUGGCCUACAUUUGUGCCUACAUUUGGUGCUGUGUUCAUUCAAGUCCUGCAGAUCUGAAAGAAGGUGUGGAAGAACUGACCAAAACUCAGGAGUGGCCCCAAAGCUCUGAGCAAAGCAAAAGAAAGCUUCUGCAGAGAACACCUCUCUUUCAUGUAUUUGACACAGAAGAGCAGAAAAUAAUCAGAGGUUAAAGAUUAGAUAAAAAUAAUAGUAAUGAAAGCAUGCAUUCCACAGGCUCAGCUUUAUGAAUUAUCUCCUUGAAGGCUAUUUCAAUCCAUUUCUCUAGCCAGUCUGAAUUGUUGGAGAGCCAUUUAAUUGGGUGAGGAUAAUAAUGUUUAGCAUUAUUUGAAAAGCACCAGACUGCCAAAGACUAGGUGGAUCCUUGCUGGGUGACUCUCAGAAGGAUGCCAGCAGAGAACCCCACGAGCAGGGGAGCAGAGGGAGCUGCCUUCAGACUUGGUUUGAGAGGAUGCAUGGGGCAUGUCUGUGAUGGGCAAAGGGCAUGAAUGGCCUUAGGUAGUUGGUGCGUCAGCCGUAGGGGCAGCAGGAGGCUCAGAGAAGGGAGGCAUCUCUAGCAGCUUUGGGUUGCCCUGGUCUAACUGGUGCAGUGAUGGCCACUGCAUCCUAAAAUCAAAAGAAAAGGAUCUAAUAUUAUCCCCUAAGUCCUCUGUGGAGAUGAUCCUCGAAGAAAUACUUGUUUGUCUCCAGACCAACAAGAUAUUUCAUGAAAAAAUGAAGACAAUUUCCACUACCUCACUGCAUAAUGAAGCUCUUGUUGAGAAAGGCUGCCUCUCACCUCUCUUCCAGCAUGGGAUGAGCACCUUCCCAGUUUGCUUAACUCUCCCCCUGUAAGCAAUGGAGGUUUCUCCAAAAAAAUACAGGACCUUCAACUCCGCAAUCACAUGACAAUUCGUGAUGCAUUUCCUUGUGGGUAUCUAUUUCAGUCUUUUUUUGUCACUGUGGUCAAGCAAACUCUGAAUUUCACUUUGACUGAGGAUUAUCUCUGCUUAAUAUUUUAUGAAACUAAAAUUGUACCUCAUCAUUACCUGAUCAGAAUGGAACAGUGGUAAUGCAAACUGGUUUACCUGUUUAUAACUCUAAUGAUCAUGAAAAGAAAGGAAUUAAAAGAAGUGAGCUUGGAAGGGAAAUAAUGCUUUUCAAAUAUGAAAUACAUCCUACAUGGCUGAGCUCCUUUCACUGCCCACCCUGUGUUCCCCUUGACACCAGCCCUGCUGGGAAAGGCUCAUUUCCAAAGUGGGUGGGAGCAGGACCCAUAGAAGUGAUGGGUGUGGGAAGGAGGCAGCAUGGGGAUGAUGAUAGUAGGGUUGCCGAGACCAGUGCAUUAAGAUAGCAAUGCAGUGGUCUUCUGCACAGCUGGGGGCUCUUGUCAGCUGAGGGAACAGCACCAGGAUAACAACAAGGCUCAUUUCUGUGUAUUUUACAUUCACAUGUAGGUGGCUGCCGUGGAACAAAUCAGCUGAAGACAAACUGUUAGAGUGGCCUAAGGCAAAGGGCAGACUUUCCUUCAUUUGCCAUAGCACCCUGCAAAAAAUAUAUAUACAUAGCCACAGUGGCAACACAACAGAAUAUGUCUUCAAUGACUACAAGCUUGCUUGUACACUGGAGGCCACAUUAUCAGCACCCUUAGCUGAAUCCUCUACUGACACAACACUGGAAGUCAAGGAUGCCCAUUUUAUCCCACAAGAGUUUAGAGUCUGCUUCAUCUCUAAAUUAAAAACUAGAAUAACAAGCAGCAAAUUGGUCCUCUCUGCUUUCAGAUCAACUAAGUUGGGUCAUUUUCAGGAAAUGCCCCAUUACCUAAAACAAUUACAACCGUUGUCACAUCUCCGAUGGGUUUAGUUUGGCUUUUAGUGUCUGCUGGGAAAACUACCCAGCACAGCUGCUACGUUUAAGACUGCUUCAUAGCUGGGUGCUCCUGAAGCAUUUUUUAUUCACCACUUUAUGGAUUUGCCCAAGCUGUACCAAGCUAUCUGAACACAUACUGGCUUUAAGCAGGCAGACCAUCCCAUUGCCUUUCUUCUGCCCACUCCCCAUGGUGCAGCUCACCUUUUGAAAGUUCAGUGCUUCAGUAGAUGUUUUCCUUCUUCUGUGCACUGUAGCCAAUGAACACUGAUUCACUUCAAGGACUAACAUCAGCCAUAAAAUAGCACCUCAGAUCCAUGCAGACUAUUUUUGGAACUGUAUCGAACUACUUCUGCUCAGCUGAUGCAGUAGCACUGCUUAUAUUCCAGAUUAUACAUGCAAUUUUCUGAGGGUAAAAUAUUCCUUUCCAGAAGUUUUCAUUAACAGUCUCUAUUACCUACAUAAUUGGAUGGCAGCAUUUAGCAGUGAUUAAUUGAAACUUAACAUGCGUUUGGGGAUUAAAAAAUGCUGCCCUUACUAGUCUGUCCCAGAGGAGAAAUGCAAAGGGAGUGCAGGAGCUGGCUUUCCUGUGUGAUGAAGAUGCAUGGUACCAUUCUCAACAGAACGGAGCAUUUCUCGACAGUGUUCUGAUAACAACUAUAAUUAGGUAUUCAAUCACAUACAGGGUAAGACCAGCCAAACAAAUGCAUGCCUGCUAAGGGAAAUAGCCCAUGGAAAGAUUAUAUGUUUGCUGAACUAAAAGUAAAAUGUAUAAUGGAAGCUCUUAACACUCUGAAGCCUAGCACUUGCCCAGCAAACUGCCUAUUUUCCUAUAUAGUCAUCAAUCAGAGCUAUCCUUGUGAUUCCUACUGUGCCACACCAUGUGUGUCUGUGUCUGAAGGUCUGACCCUGAGCCCAGCACCACUGUCAGGAGUCUUUCACUUACACUCAUCAAUUUUAGAUCAGAUUUCAGGAGAUAAGAGUGGCCUCUGAGGCUGAGGGACAGCUUGUUGAUCCUCACAUCUACAAGUCAUAAUAACAGUCAAACACAGUGGUGAUGCUGAGAGACCACAGAAAUCCCUGUAUGAUCUCCUUUACCCCUGUGCCUGCAGAAGUUAAUGGCCAGCCCACAUGGAGGAAAGAGGCAUUGUUUGCAACUAGCCACAAGUGAUUUAACAUGACAAAGCAAAACAAAGGCAUUAGACUUUAUUCUCCACUUCUGUAUUCUAGACUGCAACUUUUCUGUAGCAGACUGCGUGCUCCAGAUGCAUGAACCCAUGCCCUGUGCGUCCUCUUCGCUCUGCCUUCAUUAAAGAAAAACACAAUAUGAAAAGAUUAUCCUCUUUGUGUCGUACACUCUGUGAUAGCUGACCCUGCCAACAGUAUAAAGCUUUAAGAGGAAAUAUUUAAUUAAAAAUCCUACUGCCAAAUCAUUCCAGUUUCCUUUCUACAAAAUAAUCAGCAGCAACACUUACAUACACACAUGAACUCCACAGGAUUUUGUAAUGGUUGCUUCAGGGAAGGUGCAAAUAACUUCCUCUUUGCUCUUGUCUGAUCUUUGCAAUUCCUGUAUAUGGUCAUCAAACUAAGAAAAAUGGUAACUCAUCUACAAGACGACCUGCCAUAUGGUCUCACUGCCAUGCCUCCUCAUGAGCUGGUCUUCUGCUGCCAUCUUCUUGCCCCAGCCAGUCCCUGCCACUGGAGCCCAUGCAUACACAGGAGGAGCCACAGCCACUCACCAAUAUACCAAAAACAAUCAGAAGAAAAGUGGCUUGCUUUCAGCCAACUCAUUUAACUGAUGUAUCUCAUGACUAUAGAAACACUAGAGCCACUGACAACGCGUGGCUUAAGAACAGAGGAGGGAGGUUGUGCUGCCAAUGUUUCUGCAGCAGCCUGCAAUUAGAGUGAUUGAAGCCAACUGUGAAACCAGAAGGUGUUCUGAUUUCUCUCCACUGCUUGUAGAGGGGAGCUAGGCAAGCAUAACCUUAAAGCACAAAAAGGACCUAGUUUCUAGGUAAGGAUCAGACUGGUCUACCUAUAGGCCAACUUAAAAGAUACGUGCAGAUGAGGUGGGGAAAGUACUGGUAAAGAGAUAACACCGAAGACUGAGGAGCUGCGAGUCACACUGGAGAAUCAUCUUUCCUUUAUAGCAAUCUCGAAUGACACCAUGCAAGCAAUUUACAUCAGCUAUUCACAAGUGGCACUUGUCAGUUUGUCCACAGUUUCCCAAGUGCCUGAUACAGGACUCUGGACCAAUGAAUAGCUGCAAAUUAAAGCAAAUUUUCCAAAGGUUCAGGUGCAAAGAGGAUUUGAUUGAACUCCGAUGAAGGGUCAGGCAAGGUCUGAGGCAGGUAGGAGCCAGCAUGGUCUCUUUACGCCAAAGAUGAGAAAAGAUUUGGGUAGGCUAAGGAGCGCUGCUUGGUCUUCUUGCAGAGUUGCUCUGUAUGGCCACGAAUUACCCCUUUCUUGAAACAGGUCUGAAAAUAGAGGCUUUGUUCUCUUUUCCUGCCCAAGUCAGAUACUUGGAGGUGACUCCAAUUUGAAACCCCAGUGCUGUGGAUCCCUAGCAGUUAUGGCCAUGGUGCUGGGAAAGCCCAUUUCUGCUUCCUGUAAGGCACCGCCACCACCAAGGUGGGAUAAAUACUAGCCCCUGCUGCACAGGAGUGUAAUGGAUUAAGCAGCGGAUACAUUAAAUGAUCCCUAACUAUAAUUAGCUCCCUCUGUGCUUUUAACACUACAGCCUCAUACAAAUGAUUUCUAAUGACACAUGCAGUGACUGGGAACAGAGUAAUAGCUAUUUAAACAGUUGCUGAUCCCUGAGCUGGUACGCGACAAUGUAUUUUACAAUGAUUGAGAAACUUCAGAUAUUUUUAAAAAGUGCUCUAGGCAUUGACCUAGAGAAAUGCUCUGUUCAGAUAAGAACAGAGACGAUGUCCUUCCCCUAGUGGUAACAGGGAAACACCUCCAGUCUUAAUUGUGCCCAUUACCACUCUCACCCUACAGCAUGAUUAGCAAAACAAAUAAUGUUCUCCCAACUCAUGCCUAUGGUGUAAGCAGCCAAGCAGAAUUACGAUGGUCUUCCUAAAAAUAUUCUUAUGUAAGUGGUUCUCUGCAACGACACAAAUACACCUGUUGUUCAGAACUGGAAUCUUGCUCUCUUAAUACUAGAAAGUAGACGUCAUCACUGAAUAGGACAUAUAAAAUGCACCAAGGCCACGAGGCUGCUGGCCAUACUGGGCAGCUGGGGCCUCUAUGCAUGAACCAGGCUGCAAGAUCAGGGAUGGAAGCCUGCAGUUUCAAAAUGCAAGGGCUACCUCAGCACAAAGAACUGCUGCCAGCAAAACAUGAUGUGCCCUCAGAAGGCAGAACAUCAUGAGUGACGGGGCAGAAGAUAGAUCCUACAACCACCCAGGUCUGAGAGCUGAUACCUAAGUCAGUGACUGAUGCCAUACUAAAAUCUGCACUGACUGUGCCAUACUUAAAACUGCUUCACUGUAAGGAAGACAUAAAUACAUUUCAUUUGUAGUGCUCUUUGUUCACAGCAAUAAAAGCUGGAAGCAGAAUUGCAGCUUUUCAGGUAAGCAGUAUUUCUCCAUUUUCAGUUUGGAGGGUUCAAGAUUGCAGUAAAGUACAGAUCAGCAGCACAAGGAAACUAAACUGAGGAUGAAUCAAGUAUUCUAGAAAAUUUUAUCUAGCUUUAUUUAAAACGUACCUUAUUGUUAAAGACAUAAAUUUGGGUGACAGUGGUAUCACCAGGCAGCAGAAGAGAGAGAAAAAAUGUACAUUUAGCUUUUGUCUGAACAUUAAUCUGCAUUUGUCUAAAACAAGCUUCAUAGUCUUUACCAAAUUCAUUUGACAAUGAAGCUGCUAUACUCUGAGUUAACCCAGAGAGGUGGUGAAUGUCCUGUCCCUGGAGACAUUCAGGGUCAGGCUGGAUGGGUCUCUGAGCACCCUGAUGUAGCUGUAGGUGUCCUUGUUCAUUGCAGGGGGGUUGGACUAGAUGGCCUUUAAAGAUCCCUUCCAACUCAAAUGAUUCCAUGAUUUCUGUUAAGAAGCAUUACUCUUUUAACUAAAUUAUGGGAACAUUGCUCAAAUUUCACUCGGAAGGGCUCCUAAAUAACCAAAUGAUACCUAUCUUUCUCACUGGUUAGGAUAAGGAUGAUCCUGUUGUGUUCCAGCUUUAGUGAGUAGCUUUGUCAGAGAAAACCUGCAUUUCUACCAGUCCCUAGGAUAAUGCAGAAACUGCCAUAGAGGUAACAUGCUAAAUGCUGUUAUCUGAAUCACAUCAAAAAGUAUAUCCUAUACACAGGAUUUCCGGGACAGCAAUAUGGUACAAUUCUGACUUAUUAUUAUUAUUAUUUUUAAAUGCAAUGGCUUCAUCCUGGGUGUUCAGUGUAACAGAGGUUUAAUGUAAAGACUGUGUUUCUGAGACAAGAGACAGUAAUUUGCUUGAUGGUAUCCUCUCUUACAACACUUCAUAAAAUCACUUAAAAACAUUUUCCCAGAUGGAGUAGCCCAGGAUCUAGGUGAGUGGUUCUCAUCUGAGAUGCUUAAGACCCACAGAGGCAUGCCUCUUGUCUCACCUGAGACAUCUAAAGUUUAGAUGUUCAGGUCUGAACUAGUCUCCUUGGGCUACCUUUGUCAUCAAUGGAGAAAAAUAGAUGUGUCGAAAGAGAUAAUCAUUUAUCUUUGAAAUUUCUCCUAUGGGAAGAUAUUAUGCCCUGGAGGAAACUAGAUCUCUUCCCUGAUGGCAAAGGGGGGCUUAGGAUGACUGGCUCCAGUUUAGACAUCUAACGUUUCUAUGUCUGAAGUUAGAUGAGGUUAAUUUCAUCCUUGGUUACCAGUAUCAAGAAAGGUUAUAUCUCGAAUUCACUGUGGAGAGAUCCAAACUGCCCAUGGCAGAUGAGAAACCAUUUCAGAGACAAGUCUAUCUAGUUCCAAUUUGCACAAAAUGGGAAGCAAGAUCAGAGCCUUUAAUCAGUAUCUGUGCUUUCCACCUUUCUUCUGCUCUUUGAGAAACAGUCUUUAGUCAUUUAAAUCAGUUUUAUGCCACUAUCAAGCUUUUUAUUUCUUUUUUUUUUUUCCUUGAAAAGCAUUUCUACCAGUUUCAUACUCUAAUGGCUCCAGGAGAAUACAAUCAUACUCAGGGAACGAACCAUGACUGUCAGGUUACAGGAGCAUUGGAUCCUGAGAUCUGUAUCUGCACCCAGCAUUUUUUGGCUUCCGUGAAAGCAGAACACUGUCUCUGAUUUCACGACUACAGUCCACUGAUUAGUUCAAAUUAAUGAAUAUAAAAUAUGGGUACAGUUUUACUUUCUGAAAGGCUAAGACUAACACACAGUUUUGCAAAAUCUAAGCCUAAACUCUCUAGUUUCCUAAAAGUGUGUUUGCUGCCCUUGUAGGUUUGCACGUAAGCAGCAAUUGUCAUCUUUAAUGUAGGAGGUUAUAUAAAGCAAAGGUAAAAUUAAUCAUUAUCAAAAUUCAACAGAAGGUGGGUGGAAGGGUGAAAUCAAACUUAGGAGUGGAGGGGAAAUAGUCAGAUCUGGGUAUGUUAACAAAACCUUAUUCUUCCCCCUUACUAUACUGUAUCAUAAUGGUGUUUGCUGCAAUGACAAGAGAUGUAAUCGAAUGCAUUUAUCCUGACAGUAAGUUAAAAAAUAAACAUCUGAUUUUUGUGAAGCUUAAAGAAGAAUUCUGCAAACAUGGCACCUGAACACGCAGACAAUGUUACUGCUCUGCCAGGCCCUUCGACAAGUUGCAAGGAUGAAAAUUUCUUACAGGUGAAAUUCUACCUCUCUGCCUUUUACGGCCUAAUCUUCCUGGUGUGCUUCCCAGGGAACAUCGUGACUGUUUUUGUUUACUUUGUCAAGAUGAGGCCCUGGAAAGGCAGCACCAUCAUUAUGUUAAACCUGGCUGUCACUGACCUACUGUAUGUAGCUACGCUUCCUUUCUUUAUACACUACUCUGCUAAUGGAAAUAACUGGAUUUUUGGAAACUUCAUGUGCAAGUUUAUUCACUUUGGCUUCUACUUCAACAUGUACAGCGGUAUUAUCUUCCUUAGCUGCUUCAGCAUCUUCCGCUUUCUUGUAGUUGUCUACCCAGUUAGAUGCUUUUUUAUUCAAAAGAAGAGAUGGGCAGUGGUGACUUGCACAGUAGUUUGGAUGAUUUCCCUGGCAAUGAUCAGCCCCUUGGGCACCUUGAUCUCCAUAAAGCAUACACAGAACAGGACAAUCUGCCCAGACCUGUCUUCUGCAGAGGACCUUGACACUACUCGAUGGUAUAACUGGCUGCUGACGAUAUUUGCCUUCCUCUUGCCCCUGGUGACGGUAACUCUGUGCUAUGCACUCAUUAUUCAUGCCUUGGCCACUGGGCCCCAUACACAGACUUGCUACAAACAGAAAGCUCGCAGGCUUGCCGUCGUCCUCUUGGUGGUCUUCUAUGUGUGCUUCCUUCCCUUCCACGUCUUUCAGGGGAUUCGGAUUGAGCUUCGUGUGCGAGUGGCUAGCUGCAAUCUCAAGAAUAUGAUCCUUUUUAUGUUUAUUCUGACUAAACCUUUAGCAGCAUUAAAUACAUUUGGAAACUUGUUGCUCUAUGUAGUGGCAGGAGAUAGCUUCCAGCAUGCGAUCCUCUCACUCCUCAAGUUUUGGACACACAAGAACUUGAAAUAGAAGAGACUGAUGCCAUAAAAGAGCUAUGCAGGUAGAGUCCAAACCUGCCCAUAACCAGGCAGGUAGAACCUCUCCUCAGUCAGAGUACUCAGGCUCACGCUGCCAAUGCCAAAGGAGAAUGUAUCUGUUCUGUGUUUUGGAGUUACACAUCACCAUCAUAGCAAACAAGCAACCCCCCCCCCCCCCCCCAAAUUUUAAAAUAAAAAUGUGAAAUAAAAUACUGAAAAAAAAGUAAAUUUCUCAGAUUUUUUUUCUGCAUUUAUCUCUU